AUGCACAGUGUCUACCACAGCGGCAGGGAGCUAAUAGGAGGGGCGGUCCGAGGCGCGCGCGGCAGAGGAGGUGACUCCCCCUCGGCGGGGAGGGGCGGCCCGAGGCGCGCGCGGCCCCGCGCCCGCCGCUCUCUGUCUCUCUGCCCCUCGCGAGAGGAGCGGCGCGCGGCCCCGCCCCGCCCCUCCCCGCUGGGCUGCGGGCGGCGCGGCGGGCGCGGAGCGCGGCGAGCAGCCAUGAUGGAAGGCUCGGACGACGGCCCCGAUUUCCUCUCGGAGGAGGACCGAGGCCUCAGAGCAAUAAAUGUAGAUCUCCAGACUGAUGCUGCUCUGCAAGUGGAUAUCUCAGAUGCACUCAGUGAGAGGGACAAAGUGAAAUUCACUGUCCACACAAAGAGUUCCUUGCCAAAUUUCAAACAAAAUGAAUUUUCUGUGGUUCGGCAACAUGAGGAGUUUAUUUGGCUUCAUGAUUCUUUUGUUGAGAACGAGGACUAUGCUGGCUAUAUUAUUCCACCAGCACCGCCCAGGCCUGACUUUGAUGCCUCAAGGGAGAAAUUGCAGAAACUUGGAGAAGGGGAAGGAUCAAUGACUAAAGAAGAAUUUACCAAGAUGAAACAAGAACUGGAGGCUGAAUAUUUGGCAAUAUUCAAGAAGACAGUUGCAAUGCAUGAAGUGUUUUUGUGUCGCGUGGCAGCACAUCCUAUUUUGAGAAAGGAUUUAAAUUUCCAUGUAUUCUUGGAAUAUAAUCAAGAUUUAAGCGUUCGUGGGAAAAAUAAGAAAGAGAAGCUUGAAGACUUCUUUAAAAAUAUGGUUAAAUCAGCAGAUGGUGUCAUUGUUUCAGGAGUAAAGGAUGUGGAUGACUUCUUUGAACAUGAAAGAACAUUCCUUGUAGAAUAUCACAACCGAGUCAAAGAUGCCUCUGCCAAAUCUGAUAAAAUGACAAGAUCACAUAAAAAUGUGGCGGAUGACUAUAAUAGAAUUGGUUCUUCGUUAUAUGCAUUAGGAACGCAGGACUCCACAGAUAUAUGCAAGUUUUUUCUGAAGGUAUCAGAGUUAUUUGACAAAACAAGGAAAAUAGAGGCCCGGGUGUCUGCUGAUGAAGAUCUUAAACUUUCCGAUCUCCUGAAAUAUUACUUAAGGGAAUCGCAAGCUGCUAAGGAUCUCUUGUAUAGAAGAUCUAGGUCACUAGUGGAUUAUGAAAACGCUAAUAAGGCAUUGGAUAAAGCAAGGGCAAAAAAUAAAGAUGUGCUGCAAGCUGAAACUACACAGCAAAUAUGCUGUCAGAAAUUUGAGAAAAUCUCUGAAUCGGCAAAACAAGAACUGAUAGACUUUAAAACAAGAAGAGUUGCAGCAUUCAGAAAAAACCUUGUGGAACUAGCAGAACUGGAAUUAAAGCAUGCUAAGGGUAACUUGCAGCUGCUGCAGAGCUGCCUGGCAGUGUUAAAUGGUGAUACAUAAGCUACGCUCCGUCCUCCCACUAACAAGGGCUGCCCUCCUCUGGAUUUUGUUUCCAUGACUUUAAAUAGGCAUUUACGGUUCCCUGGAGAAAACAUUUGACAAAGUGCACAUAAGCAAGCUCCUUCUUUCAAAAGAAUUAAAAGAAACACCUGAAAGUAGCUCCAGACUAUAUGAAGCAACAGCAUACUUGUAAUACAUACAUAUUCAUGUUUGUUUAAUCAUUAUAUGCUUUCAUUGUUCAGAAACCAAAUGCUCUGGUUUUGUGAAAAUAGCCAAUAUAAUUAUGUUCACAUUAUGAAUACUAUGAUAUGGCUGCCAACCUUAUUUACCUUUGUAAGUAAUUUCUCAAGUUUACCAUUUGAAGCACAUUGUUCAAAUGGCCUAAAUAUUACCAUUAGAUAUUUGAAUAUUGUUACUAUAAAGGCAUUGUAUACACUGUCUUAGGUUUUUUCCGUGUACUGAUAUCAAGGAACUUAAUCUUUUUUUCAAUCGUGAACAUUUCUUAGAAAUUUUGGAGAACUUUGUGUAACCUUUUUAACUAUGAUUUAAAAAGAAAAGCAAAUGCAUUAGUAUGUUUGCCUUAACUUGUAGACUAAUCCAAUUAUUGUAAAAUAAACCAUGAAAUCAAUGAUUUUUCUAAAAUUAUGCCGACAUUGUAUCAUCUGUAAGCUUAAUAUUUUCUAGUAAAUCGGAUUAAUUUAA